AGACAAUGGACGCUUUUCUAUUCCAUUCCAAUUUUUUUCUUUGUUCUUUCAUAUUUUUUUUUCAUAAAAAAAUGAAUAUGCUGAAUAUCAAAAACUUAUUACGCGAAAUCCUAUUGUCUUAGAACGAGUUGAAGAAGCGGAAAAGAAAUGGCGGCAACUCGAACAGCAACAACAAUGAUCCUCAAAGAGAUUGUUUAUUGCAGGCUACGAUUAUCUUUCUCUUCCUUAUCAUCGUCAUCACUUCCCUCUCUCCGUCUAACUCCUACUAAUUUACAUGCUAACGCCGUUAAAUUCACCCGCCGCGAAUUAAGCUUCAGCCGUAUUCGGUGCGCUGCCUCUGACGACAAGAAGGUAUCGGCUCGUCUAUCGCAGGUUCAGCAGCUCCUGCAAGAAGCUGAAGAGCAAGCCAUCUCAGCUGGAAAUGAGCCACCACCUAAAAUCACACUCGACCAUGUUACAGUGAGUUUUGCUAGAAGUGGUGGACCCGGAGGUCAAAAUGUAAAUAAAGGUCUGUUUACUUGUUCAUCUUUGAUUGCCUUUGCAUCGCUCCAUAUCUCGAUUGCUCAGUAUGUACCAUGUUUCGUAAAUGAGACAGUGAACACCAAGGUGGAUAUGCGCUUCAAUGUUAAAGAUGCAUAUUGGCUGAGUGACAGGAUUAGAGACAGGAUUAUGCAAAUGGAAAAGAACCGGAUCAACAAGGAUGGUGAGAUCGUGAUCUCUUCAACAAAGACUAGAACGCAGAAGGGUAACAUUGAAGAUGCUUUAGCAAAACUCCAGGCAAUUAUUGAUGCUGCUUCUUAUGUCCCACCUCCUCCUUCAGAAGAGCAGAAGAAGAAAAUAGCCAAAUUGGCUGCUAUAGGAGAGCAGAAACGGCUUAAAAGUAAGAAGGUUCUUUCAGACAAGAAGGCUUUUCGAAGAAGUAGGAUCAGUUGGGACUGAACUUCUACAAUAUCAGUGUUGAAACAAUUUAUAUUGACAAAUGAGGAGUAGAUAUGAGGGUUUUUAUUUGUGACGGAAAAGUAGGGCUUGGAAAUUGUUUUUAUUGGACCGUUGACAUUAGACCGCGCAAAUCCAACGUGUUGGUGGAUUGAGAUUAAAAUGGGAUGAGUAUUAGAAUAUUAAGUAUUUUGUGCACCAACCUGAUUGUAGAAUCUUUCUACAUGUGAGUUGCUUAGAGCUAGGUUUCUACCACGAACUUACAAUUAUGGUGCCAACCCAGAUGUCACAUUGCAAUUGUUUUAAUUUUAUUUUCUUAACACCUCGUAUGUUAACUCGUGCUGUGAUACUCACCAGAUAAAGAUCCACCUUUUAUCUACACCACUACACGUAAUACGAAAUCAAGAAAUUUCGUUGGCCAAGCUGCUUCUUAGUGGUUAUUGCACUUACCCUUGUUGUUUUUCUUUGAAAAACCUUAAAUAGUUUCCUUGCACACAAACUAAUAGCUUGACGUCCUUGUGGGACGACUUUGCCAUGAAAUAUGAUGUUUGAAUCCAACUAUAUGAGGUGAGUGAAUGGA